GGGGGUGCGGGCUGCGGGGCCCCGGCAGUAAACAGGCGGCGCUGCGGGCUCCGUGCUCCGGGCGCCGCAGCCUUCCCGAGAGAGCCAAGACGAGAGCCGGGGCCAGGCAGAGGUCCCUGCCGAAGCAGCGGGCGGGGCGAGGCAGAAAGCAGCCUCCCCGGACGCAUCCCUCCCCGGCACGCCGGAGUGGUGGCGGCCGAGGGGGAGGACAGGCGGCUGCGGGUCUCCGGCUCUGUCAGUGCGGCGGGGCGCGCGAGCGGCGCGGGGUGCGGAACGUGGAGCGGCGGGCGCUGAGAGGGUGGACGCCGCGGCGACUCCGCGCGGGUCGGGCUCCCAGCGGCCCGGGCCGCCUUCCCCGCCUUCGGGCCCCCGGGUGCGGCCGCCCUCUACGCCGCGCGGCCUCUCUAGACCUCGGCGUGGGUGAGCCCUGUUUCUAGAGGCAGCUGCUGCUGACCCUGUAACCUAAACGAGGAAAUAGCUGCCUAUAAGUUCAGUCUUGGUACUGAUACAAUUAAAGCAGUGAGAGAAACUCUGCCACGUUAACGGCUAGAGACCAGCACUUGAAGGCCAACAGCAACGAAAGGUGGGCGCCAUGUCCUUGAAGAUUCAGACGAGCAAUGUAACCAACAAGAAUGACCCCAAGUCCAUCAACUCUCGGGUCUUCAUCGGAAACCUAAACACAGCUGUGGUGAAGAAGUCAGAUGUAGAGACCAUCUUCUCCAAGUAUGGCCGUGUGGCCGGCUGCUCUGUGCACAAGGGCUAUGCCUUUGUCCAGUAUGCCAAUGAGCGCCAUGCCCGGGCAGCUGUGCUGGGAGAGAAUGGGCGGGUGCUAGCUGGACAGACGCUGGACAUCAACAUGGCUGGAGAGCCCAAGCCCAACAGACCCAAGGGCCUAAAGAGAGCAGCAACUGCCAUAUACAGUGGCUACAGCUUUGACUAUGAUUACUACCGAGACCACUUCUCUGCCAGGCUCUUCGAUUACCGUGGCCGCCUAUCUCCUGUGCCGGUGCCCAGGGCAGUCCCUGUCAAGCGACCCCGAGUCACAGUCCCUUUGGUCCGUCGUGUCAAAACUACAAUACCUGUCAAGCUUUUUGCCCGUUCUACAGCCAUCACUGCUGGCUCAGCCAAGAUCAAGUUAAAGAGCAGUGAGCUGCAGACCAUCAAGACAGAGCUGACACAGAUCAAGUCCAACAUCGAUGCCCUGUUGGGUCGCUUGGAGCAGAUUGCUGAGGAGCAAAAGGCCAACCCAGAUGGCAAGAAGAAGGGUGACAGCGGCGGUGGUAGCAGCAGCGGAGGCGGCAGCAGCGGUGGUGGUGGUGUCGUGAGUGGUGGUGGCAGUGGAGGAGGAGGUGGUGGCAGUGGUGGUGGCGGCAGUGGCAGCACCAGCACCAGCACCAGCACCAGCACCAGCCGGCCACCAGUUCCCCAAGAAGACACAACUUCUGAGGCAGGCACACCCCAUGGAGAAGUCCAAACUCGAGAUGACGGCGAUGAGGAGGGGCUGCUAACACAUAGCGAGGAGGAACUGGAGCACAGCCAGGACACAGAUGCAGAAGAUGGGGCCUUGCAGUAAGCAGACGGAAACCAUGGCCACCAGCAAAAGGGCAUCACUAUCUCAGGCCUCAAGCCAGGCACCCAUCUGUGGAUGCCAGUCUGUAGCAGUUACCAGAGGAAAGCUGGCAGCAGGCACGCCUCUCCCCACGCAUCCCAGCCAGUGCCACAUCCCUCUACAAGUGGAGUUACUGGCCCAACUUUCCCCCAUGCACUCUCCCUGUCUGCACUGCCUGGGCCAGGGGGCAGGAUGCAGGGGUUUCCCACACCCUGCCCCUCUUUUCCAGGACACUCCCAGGCUUGGGGUUUUUCUAUAGGUAUGGAAGGGGCAUUGGUACAGGGUGGGGACCUGACAAUAAAGAGAUUGGAUCCAAAUA